AUGAUCCGACGCUACACAGAAAAUAACAAGUCUAGCUCCUCGAAAGUCGCAUCUUUCUCGGAGCAUUUCGUGCCCUGCUCGGCGGCGGUCCCACUCCCUGUGACGCCACCUGCCGUCAAACGUAGACAAUUACAAGCGCAGCAUCUAGGGCUAGCAGCGGUGGAUGCUGGAUAUUGCUGCCAUGAGCUCACACAACUGCAUCUUGGUGUGGAGUGGCGGAUGGGCCAGCUCGUUGUCGAGGGCGCACGAGAGAACUCGACAGGUCUUCUGCUCUUCGAGCUAGUCGAGAAGCCGCUUUCGCUACACCGUCAGCGUAUGCUCUUAGACACGACUAAGGUGCCCGUGGCCACAAUUCGAAUGAGCACGUUUCGACGUCGUAAAGUAACCUACUCAUUAUACUCGCGCAUUGAGUUAUCUAAGAGACUGAUCAAAUUUACGAUAUCGCGCAACAAGCUCGAAAUGAUAUUUACUGAUAUUAUGACGGGUAAAACUUGUCGCCUCGGCUCAAGCGGCGAUCAAGGCGACAUUGAAAUCUGGUUGCAACGUGGUCUCUCUGCAGAGAUUGUCAAGCAGCCUAUUGCUCACAUGUACCUGGCACCUUCAGGAACGCCGUUAGGAUAUUCGAUAGACAUUGCUGAGGGAGUCGAUGCUGUGAUGGCUCUGCUUGUGUGUAUUGCCCUGCACGACUGUGAACCCAUUUACAGGUGGCGGGCAACGAGUUUUGCCUAA